AUGAAUAGCGACUCGUUCCACUACUUUUCGAAAUUCCCUCCCGAAAUACGACGGCAUAUCUGGCACUACUGCCUGCCGUAUCGCGUAGCCGAAGAAGAUUUCCCCUAUUUCCUCCUCGAUGGCAGCGAGUCUCGUCAAGCUUGCUGGGCCAAAAGCUCAACGUAUCAAAACGCCCAGAAGCCUGCCAUCGCGGUCGUGAACAGAGAGUCUCGCCAAGUCGCCCUGCAACAUGGAAAAAUUUGGGAACCACCGGAUUGUCACAGCUUGGAGUCGAUAUGGGUACAACCGAAUAGGGAUACGCUGCUUCUCAACUACACGAGGGUAUGUGAUCUAGUCAUGUACGGAAGCGUCGAUGCCACCUCGAGUGUAGUAGUCAUGUUCCUAUGGCGGGCAGAGGAACACAAGAUGCAGCCUUGCAUUGUCGCAGAGGUCCUUCACCCUUUCAAUUUGAAAGCGCUGCUAGAUGGCGAUGCUGCGUCCGAGAACCCUCGCGUUCUGUACAGAAACGUAGACAAUCUCGACUCAGGCGAUAUUGCGGGCUAUGCAGAAUGCAUCCAACAGCAAAAGAUAGUUUUGGGCAUAGCAAUGGCCGCGAUAUCACUACAUAUCUCUGCGGAAGCUGCUCUCGAUUCUGGCCUCUUCGGGCUACUGGGCGAUGCGCCUAUCCAGCUGGUUGAUUUCGAUGACGAAGCUCGUUUGAGGCAAUUCUACACUCUAUUUAGAGAGAAUGCUCUAGAGGAGGAGCCGGCCGUGCAAACACUGUUCGAGUCAUUCUUGAGCUCUCGAUUCCGUAUAGCAGUAGAGACAUGGGCCAGGCAGGCUGACUGGAUCAUCAUGGCUAAUCUGUGGCACUACGGACGAUAUUCUGAGCGAUACCGCGAUAUUCUGGGGCAAGAUCCGUCCUCGGCAUGGACACCUCGGCUGGAAGACUGUUUUUAUUUCUCAAUGUGCGAGUAUUUGCCCAACGACGAUCACCCGUGGGUAAAGCAAGCCAGAGAGAAGGCACCCAAGCUGCGACCACAAAUCAUGGUGCGAUAUUGUACUCACAAAUGCUAUACAAUGGGACAACUGCCCGAUCAUCACGCCACAAACCUGUGGUGGAAUCCGGGCUUUUGA